UGAACGCCACACGAGCCUCCUUCUGCAGUGACACUGAUGCUUCCUGCUCAUCCUACUUUCCCACCGCCGUGACAUUUAUUAACAUCAUUUCCACCACAGCUAUGUUACUUUUUUACCUCUGUCCCAUGCCGCGUCACUCGUGAACGUUUCCCCACGCGUGGUUGUUGUCUCGCAUCGAGCCCCCGGUCAGCUAGCGGGCUAGCUUGAGAAAGAGCCGCCAGGAUGAGCAGUGCGACGCACGUCGUGCAGGUGACUAAUGUCUCGCCCAGCACCACCUCCGAGCAGAUGAGGACUCUCUUCGGCUUCCUGGGGAACAUAGAAGAGCUCAAACUCUUUCCACCCGAUGACUCUCCCUUGCCUGUGACCUCACGUGUCUGUUUUGUAAAGUUCCUUGAGUCCGAGUCUGUGGGGGUUUCUCAGCAUCUGACCAACACCGUCUUCGUGGACCGGGCCCUGAUCGUGGUGCCGUUCGCAGAAGGAGUCAUUCCUGAUGAAUCCAAAGCUAUGUCGCUGCUGGCUCCUGCUAAUGCUGUGGCGGGAAUGAUGCCUGGAGCUGGCCUUCUCCCAACACCCAAUCCUCUGAUGGGAGGAGCAGCAUUUGGAGGUCCCAGCCUGGAGCAGUUAGCUGCUAUGGGGCUGUCAGGAGCCAACAUGACCUCCCAGGCCAUUUCUGCUGACCUGCUGAAGUUCAUGCAGUCCAUGGAUCCAAAGUUGAAUCCUUUAGCAGCAGGACUGGGCUUCAGUCCUGGCCUGAAGAGCAGCGACUCCAACAAGGAAAUGGAAGAAGCCAUGAAGCGAGUCCGAGAAGCUCAGUCGCUCAUUUCUGCUGCCAUCCAACCAGGAUCUAAGAAAGACGACAGACGCAAACGUUCUCCGUCUGGCUCGCGGUCACGCCGCCGACGCUCCAGGUCUCGCUCACGACAUCGCAAGCGAUCCAAGAGCCGCUCAAGGCGAAGGUCCCACUCCAGGAACAGGAGAAGGUCCAAGAGCCCACGCAGGAGAACGUCUCGCUCCCGAGACACAGGCCGCCGCAGUCGCUCCAGGGACAGAAAGAAGGAGGACAAGUCCAAGAAGAGGUCAAAGACACCACCCAAGAGUUACAGCAGUGCAAGAAGAUCUCGCAGCAUCAACCGUCGGCACAAAAGAAGUACAUCAAGGUCACCUAAGAGGCGCCCAAGUCCAUCUUCUUCACCCAGAAGGCACAAGAAGGACAAAAAGAAGGAGAAAGGUGAAAAAGAGAGAAAAGAGUUGCGAGAGCAAAGCCGAGACAAAGCGGAGCGUUGGAGCAGCAAGAAGAAAAGCCGAGAGCAAGAUGGCGAGCGCCGGUCUGACAGCGAGAAAGAAGACGUGAAGGUGACACGGGACUACGACGAAGAGGAGCAGGAGUACAACAGCGCAAAAGAAGGCGACUUUGAGGAAGAGCCCGGAAGCGACUCGGACUCCCACUCCUCACCCAAAGGCGGCGAGGAGGCGGAGACGGCGCAAGACCACGCCCCCAAAAAGUCCAAAGUCAACGGGGACGAGCACUACCAGGAAGACAUGGACAUGAGCGACUAGAACUUUUUUAUACCACUUUUAACGUUAGCUCUGCAAGAUGGAGGCCAAGACUUUUGUAUGGGUGAGUGUUGAACAUCUUUACUUUCCCCCUCAUCAAUACUCACAUAUUUACACCUCAAUAAAAACUACCGUGCCACCCUCAUGUCACCAACACCUCCCUUGGAGUUCAUCUUGCACACCAAACAUGAUUGGCCGCUCCAAAUUGAUGACAAAAAAGUUGCCAUCUGCUGCAGCAGAACACAUUUGUAAUAAUGUCCUUGAAAUAAACCACAAGCUGCCACAAUGGCGCCCCCACCUGGCGGUAACGUGAUGAUGCACAACAACGUCUUCACCGGGCACACUUUGGUUGCUAAUAUUUGAAAGUGCUUCAAUGUCCGUCCUUUGUAAUAUUUCUACAAUUAUUGAUUAUACAUCACGCACUUUUUGUGCCUUUUUUCACGCAUUGAAAUCAGAAAGGAUGCGCAUUUCCAGACGGGACGCAGAUUUCUUUUUGUUUUAAUUAAUUAAAUUAAAUUAAAGUACCAAUGAUUGUCACACACACACUAGGUGUGGUGAAAUUUGUCCUCUGCAUUUGACCCAUCCCCUUGAUCACCCCCUGGGAGGUGAGGGGAGCAGUGGGCAGCAGCGGUGCCGCGACCGGGAAUCAUUUUUGUUGAUUUAACCCCCAAUUUCAACCCUUGAUACUGAGUGCCAAGUAGGGAGGUAAUGGGUCCCAUUUUUAUAGUCUUUGGUAUGACUCGGCCGGGGUUUGAACUUACCGACCCAUCCUUCUCUGGGUGAAAACUCCGGUUUACUUGUGUGUUUUUUUAUCGAUUAUCGGUUUUCGCCGGUGUCUUGUUUUGUUUGCCGAGUCAAAUGUGACCUGUGCUGGCAAAAUGAGUCACAAUGAGGAAGUUUUAAAAACUGAGUUAUUGUUAUUUACACAUUCUCCAUCUAAAGACCUUCAAAAUGAUAUAUGGUUUGAUGGAAUCGGACAGAAAAUGACCGAGUUACAUCCGAUUGAAGUCGACCAAGUUUGAGGGUCCGUUUUGAGAAAAACCAGCUUAAAGUUUACUGUUCCAGAACAGAAUGUUCCAAAACAAAACUCCAUAGCAACCAUACCUUAAAAGUCCUUGUAGCAACACCAAAAUUGGUACAAUUAAAGUCAAAUCCCAUGUCUAAAGGAUAUGCAAAACGUUGUCGUAAUCGUUGAGAUUGUCUAGGAGAGGAGAAGCCUCCUCAGAGUCACUUUCAUCAAUUUCUGAGUCAUUAUCGCUACUUACAGGGUCCUGACCACCAAAAUAAUCAUCAAUCAGCUGUCCGUAAUAUUCCUGACCAGCAGCACUUCGCCGACUGCAGUGAAUUUAGCGCACUUGCAACCGCCUGUGUACCCUCUCCACCUUCUAAAUCCAUUACGGAAUGUAAAACAGUCUAACUUAUCCACAAAAAUAAUAAUUAAAUGUUCGAAAAUCACCUUUUUUCACCAAAUAUUCCGCUCGAAUUACUGUGUUGUUUUUCAUCAGGGCGCUGCCAUGAUACCACAAUGCACCGCGCGGGGUGAUUCAACCAAUGAGGGUACGCCUCACAGCGACCGCUUAGCAACAAGCCGGAUUUGUUUACGUCGGGACAGGUUUAAAAACUCGAAUUGUAUUGGUUCAGAAUGGCGUCAUCGGGAAUUCCAUGCUCAUUUUUAGAAAGUAGGUCAACUUGGCGUCACAAUGAUACCAAAUAUGGCUAGGGGGAUUCCUCCUUAUUGAAAACACUUGAUUUUCUCAAGGAAUUUGAACACAAAGGACUAAUUUCUGAAGACAUACCUCGUACAAAACCUUCAAAUAAAGGUGAUUUAAGAUGUUUUCUUGCUAUUUCGAUGAUUGGGAUCGCUAGAUUGUGGCUUUAUGGACUCAUUUUUGGGAAAAUCUCAAUUUCAACCAUGAUACAUUUUUUUCCACUUAUUUGCCUGUAGGUCAAAAUUAGCCUGUGCGCAUUCCGACUCAUUUUGCCAGCACGGGUCACAAAUUUCCGUCGACUUCAAAGUAAUGAAGGGCUGCAACAACUAAUCGAUUAAAUCGAUUAAAAUCGAUUACCAAAAUAGUUGGCGAUUAAUUUAGUCAUCGAUUCGUUGGAACUAUGCUAUUUUUUUUUGUUGGUUAUUUUUUUGUUUUAUAAACCUUUAUUUAUAAACUGCAACAUUUACAAACAGCUGAGAAACAAUAAUCAAAAUAAGUACAAAAACAGUACAAAACAGCGCCAGGGCGGCGGUGAGGCCACGUCUCAUGAGGUGGCGUAAGCUAGCCAAUGAUGUGUCAUGUGCAGCUCACGUGACGACGGCGUCUCCUUUGUUGGAAAAAUUUGAAAAAUGGCGCAGGAAAACACUACCGAUAGUUUAGCGGAGAAACAUCUUGAGGUUAUUGCUUCAAUGGAGAAAAGUGUACGACCUAAGUCGUCAAAAGUGUGGGAACACUUCACUUUAAAGACUUCAAAGAAGAGCGUUUCCUGCAAAAUGGCACGGAAGUACAACAUUGCUUCCGGAGCACCUGAAGACGAAAAAUGUUGGAGCCCACAGUACGUAACUUUUUAAGUCCAUAGUGGCAACAAGCAUUCAUGAGUUCAACUUUUUUGUGAGUAACGUUAAGUUAUGCCUUUGUUGCAACGCGGGGCUGAUAAUGUUUCUCCGGCACAUUUGACUCCGUUUUGAGAGAGAAAACGCACGGUUACCAAUUUGAAAAUAAACGUAACGGACAGAAAUAUCUCAGGUUGGUUUCAUAAUGGAUCAAUGUAGCCAGGCCGAUAAAGCUAUAUAAAUAUAUUUAGAUUUGAGUGACGCUUUAGUAUAACUAAACGUUAUGAAGGUGCUGGAAUAUUUCAUGCUAUUAUUCAGAGGCAGCCUGAAAUGAAUCCUUUAUUAUUCACAACAGAAACGUGUACAAUAUCUGAUUCAGUUCUGAUGAGUUACAUUUCUGUGUUAUUAUUGGUGUAUGCUGCACCCCCAAUGUCCACAACAUGGUGCCAGUAUGCUGGGUUUUUUCAAUAAAAUACUGGAAAGGAUAGAAUUGUAGUUUGUCUCUUUUAUCCGACUAUUAAUCGAAGUAAUAAUCGACAGAUUAGUCGAUUAUCAAAUUAAUCGUUAGUUACAGCCCUAUUCCGGUACAAUUUUUUAUUUACAUACCGUAUUUUUCGGACUAUAAGUCGCUCCGGAGUAUAAGUCGCACCGGCCGAAAAUGCAUAAUAAAGAAGGGAAAAAACAUAUAUAAGUCACACUGGAGUAUAAGUCGCAUUUUUUGGGGAUAUGUAUUUGAUAAAAGCCAACACCAAGAAUAGACAUUUGAAAGGCAAUUUCAAAUAAAGAAUAGUGAACAACAGGCUGAAUAAGUGUACGUUAUAUGAGGCAUAAAUAACCAACUGGUAUGUUAACGUAACAUAUUAUGAUAAGAGUCAUUCAAAUAACUAUAACAUAUAGAACAUGCUAUACGUUUACCAAACAAUCUGUCACUCCUAA